GGAAGCAACACGGACAUAGGAACACGCGGACACAACGGAUGACACGUAACAGAUCAGGCCAUGAUCAGUCCUCGAGGGCCUUCUGCCUGAUCUCCUCCGUGACCUGACACGCACAAAUGCGCACAGCGGACACAGACACAUCUGGACUGCCGGUUAAACUUUCUGCGGCGCUUUUCCAUUCGUGUGUGGUGGUUCUCUGACCAUUUCUCCAUCAAUCGUCUUGACAUUUGGCACCCUCUUCAACACCAGUGGUUUGGCCUCAUCCUGCCACACACGGAGAUAGACAGACACACAUCUUUGGUCCAGUCGAUUGGCGUCUCUCUCUCUCUCUCUCUCUCCCCCUCAUGUCUCUCUCUCACCCUUGUGAGUCCGUCAUAGAUGGGGUUGCCGACAAAAAGGACAUUGGUGAUCUCGGGAAGAGACGCCUGCACGCAUCGCACACCAAACCACCCAGAGAGAAUGCACCAUCGGCCACCGACAAGGGAGGGAGACGCCGUCUCUUUCUGUUACGUGGCCGCUGGGCUGACCAGUUUUUCGAGUUCCUCGAAGCUCUUGAUUUUGUUGUUGCUCAUAAAGAGGACCUGCAGCUUGACGCAAGGCUGCAGCCCGUCGAGCUUCUCAAUCUGGUUGUAGGAUAUCCACAGCUCCCUCAGCGUCUGCCCCACCUCCUCAAGCCCCUGGAUCUUCUUGAUCAUAUUCCGUCCCAAAGACAGUAUCUCCAGGCUCUCUGCACAUGACACAAACAACAACACACAACGGCACAAUUACACAGGCAGAAACACCAGGGGCUCCCGCCGUCCAUGCGCCUCCUCUGCCCAUCUUCUGCCCCGUUCUUCUUUUCGUUCUUAUGCGCUCACUUAGUCCGGGCAGGUUGAUCAUCCUGUCGAUGGCAUUAGUGGAUAGGCUGAGAUGCUUGCAGACCGCCAGGCUGUUGAGUGCGUUGUCCAUCUUGUCGACGGGAGGGAUCAUGCACGUGAGCUUCACGGCCUCCGCCUCUGCGGCCGUCUUUCCCUCAUUCUUCUCCUCCCACAACUGAAUCGCCUUCGCACAACUCGUGCCCUUCGACAUCGCCGCGGAAAAGGGGAGAAAUGCAC